AUGAUAACAAUCCACGUCAACCUCCGCACCACCCCCGCGCACAUCGCCUCCCUCAGCUACCGCCUCGCCCUCGCCUCGCAAACCUACAUGCGCGACGCGGGCACGCUCUCGUGGACGGUCCACCAGAGCGCGUCCGACCCCACAUCCUUCAUGAUCGUCGAGAUGUUUGCGGAUGAGGCCGCGAAGGGAGUGCAUAUCGCCAACCCGUUUUUCAAGGAGCAGGAUGAGAUUGUGAAGCCGUGGUUGGUCGCGUUUGAGUUGACGGAGUGGAGGGGGGUUGAGGGCGGGUGGGUGCCGACCGAGCCCAAGGAUUUGAAGAAGUAA